UUGUUUGUAGUUGUGCAUUUCAAUGAUGGCCACGAGCUGCACGCUUGCUGCAGUUUUAAAAGCAUAAUUUAAAAAAACAACUCAUUUUGUUUAUUAUAAUACAAAAUUAUGAAAAUGUAGUGUAUUAAUUAUGUGUUAAAGUAUAGUAUAUAGGUGCAAAAAGACAAACAAUUCAAUUGUGUCUGUGUAUGUAUUUCAUAAGCUCCGCUUCUUCGCUGUGUACGUGUGCGCGCUGUAUAAGUGUGUGUGCUUUUUGGAAUGUCGCUUUGCACGAAAUUCAAAUUGUGACCAUCCUUGAGAUUUAAAGAGUGAAGGGGACGUAGAAGGCGAGGAUCUAUGCUAUUAAUUAUGCAAAAUAUUAUUAAAUUAAAUUAAAUGGAUGAGCACACAUUAAAUGACCUGUUGGAGUGUUCUGUGUGUCUGGAACGCUUGGACACCACCUCUAAAGUUUUGCCAUGCCAACACACCUUCUGUCGCAAAUGCUUACUGGACAUUGUGGCCAGUCAGCAGAAGUUGCGAUGUCCGGAAUGUCGCGUUUUGGUGAAUUGCCGCAUCGAUGAGCUGCCGCCAAAUGUGUUGCUUAUGAGAAUCUUAGAAGGCAUGAAGCAAAAUGCUGGCAAAAGUGACACUAAAACCGAAGAGUUGCCAAACAGAAUUCAACUGCAACAAGAGGUUCCGCCCACGCAACAAAAGCAACAGAAGCAACAACAGCAGCACUACCAAGAACAACAACAGCAACAACAACAGCAAUCGCAACCGGAACAACAGCAAACAGCACGUCAAAAACCGCGCCGAUUUCUGCUGCCGCAUGCAUAUGCACUCUUUGAUUUCCUAAGCGGCGAAGCGGGCGAUUUGAAGUUUAAGAAAGGCGACUUAAUUUUGCUAAAGCAGCGCAUUGACAACAACUGGUUUGUGGGCCAGGCCAACGGGCAAGAAGGUACAUUUCCUAUCAACUACGUAAAAGUAGCUGUCGCAUUGCCGAUGCCGCAGUGCAUUGCUAUGUACGAUUUUAAGAUGGGUCCCAGCGACGAGGAGGGCUGCUUGGAGUUUAAGAAGAGCACCGUGAUUCAUGUGCUUCGACGCGUCGAUCACAACUGGGCAGAGGGACGCAUUGCACAAACAAUUGGCAUAUUUCCCAUAGCCUUUGUUGAGUUAAAUGCAGCCGCUAAGAAGCUGUUGGAUAGUGGCGUUACAAAUCCAUUACCACAGGCGCCGGCGCAACUAGUGCAGCAGCGCGCAUUGCCGCCUGUACCGGUCAUCGAUCCCACCCAUAUCACGAAUGAUUCCAGCACAGGGUCUUCCAACAGCUAUUCCUCCAACAAUAACAGCAGCAGCAAUUCAAGCUCCACCAGCAGCUCCAAUAAUUGCAGUCCUAACCAUCAAUCGCUCCCCAACACGCCACAACAUGCAGCCGCUGUAGCUACUGCGUCUGCUGCUAUGGCUGUUGUUGGAGGCGGUUCGGUGCGUUAUCGCGACAAGGGCGCCAAGGAGAAGCGUCACUCGUUAAAUGCUUUGCUGCAAUCAGCGCCGCUUAGUUUGCUCCAGACGAAUCGACAUUCAGCUGAGAUAUUGAGUCUGCCGCAUGAAUUGAGUCGUUUGGAGGUCUGCUCAGGCGCACAAACAGCCACAUCCACAUCUACUGCUGUCAUAGUGCAGCCGUCUCAAACGUCGCGAGUAUUGAAGACUCAGAUGCAUCAACAACAAAUGCCGCCUACCCUCCCUUGGGGUUACCUAGCAUUGUUUGCGUAUAAACCGCGUCACUCCGACGAGCUGGAAUUGAAGAAAGGCUGCGUUUACAUUGUUACUGAACGGUGUGUCGAUGGCUGGUUCAAGGGCAAAAACUGGUUGGAUAUUACCGGCGUGUUUCCAGGCAACUAUCUGACGCCUUUACGCACACGCGAUCAACAGCAGCUAAUGCAUCAGUGGAAAUUUGUGCCCCCCUCUACGGACGUGAAUACAACAUCAGCGCAGACCCUGGAUGUGCGUCUAAGUAAUAUGCUGCCUUCCCAACCGCCCGAUUUGCCACCACGUCAGCAACAUGUACAACAUCCGUCUCAAUCAACUAGCAGCAGCUCAGUCUGGACUAAGCCCGUCGAAGCAUUAUUCAGCCGCAAGUCUAGUGGCACCACGGAAAGCAAACCGGAUAAUGUCGGCAGCAGUUCCGGCGCAGUGGGUCUUAUGCGUCGUUUGACGCACAUGAAAACACGCUCUAAAUCGCCAGGUUCAUCACUACAGCAAAAACAACAGCAACUGACAAACAAAGACUCAAACAGCACAGCAGCCGAAAAUGUGGUCAAUGUCGCGCCAUUACAUCCAGUGCAUGUGAGGUCUGGUUCGUGUCCCAGUCAGUUGCAGCAAAGUGAACAACUGAAGGAAACCACUGGAGCUUCUGCAGCAACGCCCUCAAAUGCUGCUCAACUAUUUCAGAGCAGUAGGAAUGUGUCUUACGGCUCACAGCGAAUCAAAAGCAACAAGGAGCGACCGCAGUUACUUUGUGCUAGACAAUCCUUGGAUGCGGCUACCUUCCGCAGCAUGUACAAUGCCGCAUCACCACCUCCACCUUCAAGCCGUACACAAACGCAACUACAUGCCAACAUGAUUAUAGCGCCCAAUCACCGCAAGAGCCAGAGCCUGGACGCGGGAAAUGUGCUAAGCGCUAGCAAUAGCAAUAGUAACCUAAACGCUAAUAGCAACGUUAUAACCGAAGCAGCCAUCAAGGCGAGUGCCACGACAAAGUCGGUCUACUGUACGAGAGAGAGUCGAUUUCGUUGCAUCGUUCCCUAUCCGCCGAAUAGUGAAAUUGAACUCGAAUUGCGUCCAGGAGAUAUUAUCUACGUGCAGCGUAAGCAAAAGAAUGGAUGGUAUAAAGGGACACAUGCUCGCACACAUAAAACUGGUUUAUUUCCCGCUUCCUUUGUGGAACCGGAUAUUUAGAUUAGUUUGCAUUCCUCAACGUUUGUUUUUUUUUUUCGAAAUUAAUCGCCGGUCGAUUCGUGCUUCCACACAUGUCUAACAAUUUCUCUUUUCGAAAAAGAAUUGUUGGUACUUCGAAUACAAAUGCUCGAAUAAGUUUUUAUACGAUUUUUAAUCCAACUAGGCUAACAUUGUACUUAAGGCACUUAAAAUAUAAGUAGAUAGUGAAUCGAAACACGAAUAACCGAAUCUAUGAACCAACUUUUAUUUGAAACGUAGAUUCCCUUGUAAAAAAUCUACCUAAAAGUUCGUAAGUAACCACUGUUAUGCAUAGUACUUGUACUUACACAUAUACCAAUAUAUGAGCAAAUUAAUAAUAAAACAUAUUGUAUAGCAAUACGAAAAACGAUAACACAA